UUUUUAUUUGUCUUUGCAAGAAGCUGUCAUUUGCCUUAAAACAAAUCGUAGUCUAUGCACUCAAUCAUUCGCCAGACGACAGAUUGUUUUUCAGAGUCUUUGGUAAAAAGUGUUGUCAGGACACAUGUACAGUUUCGUAUUUUUAAUGAUAAAACAACUAUAAAUAUUAACUUAUUUCAAAGAAAAAGUGCACGCCGCAAAAUCAUUCAACAUGCCGGGCCCAGCAGUUUUUAUGGAUAUAUGGCUCGAGGAUCAGGUACAAGAGCUCAGAAAGUAUUUCAAGAGCCUCGGAGCGGAGAUCGCUGAAGAAGCGUCUCCCAAAGGCAUUGAGGACGAUUUACAUAAAAUUGUCGGAGUUUGCGAUGUCUGUUUUAAAGAGCCAAAUGAAUCUGAUAUUGAAGCUAUACUUAACAGUAUUGUUUCUAUAAUGGUUUCUAUUCCUUUAGAAAGAGGAGAGAACCUUAUCUUGGCUUUUAGCCAGAGAUUGACAAAAGCCCCGCCAAAACUAGGAAUGGUGGCUCUACAAUCACUAUGGCGUUUGUACAACAACUUGGAGGCAAACUCUCCCAUUCGUUAUCAUGUGUACUACCAUGUGAUAGAGUUGGCCUCACGUGUUGGUUUUGUGAGGGAAGUGUUUACAGGAGUUGAGCAGCUGAGGAAAGAGUUUGCUAGCUGUCCACCCUCUAAUGAACAAAUGCAGAAACUGUACAGACUUCUGCAUCAGGUUCUUAAAGACCAAAAUAGUGAACUGGCAUCUAAGGUAAUGAUUGAGCUGCUUGGCACAUACACAGAUGAGAAUGCCUCAUAUGCCAGAGAAGAUGCCAUCAAAUGUAUUGCAACUGCACUUGCGGAUCCUAAUACAUUUUUACUUGAUCCUUUGUUAGCAUUAAAACCUGUGCGAUUCCUAGAAGGAGAACUUAUACAUGACCUGCUCACCAUUUUUGUGUCGGAGAAACUGUCCAGUUAUCAAGCUUUUUAUAAUAAUCACAAGGAAUUUGUACAAUCACAAGGUCUAAACCAUGAACAAAACAUUAAGAAAAUGAGAAUAUUGUCAUUUAUGCAAAUGGCUGAAACUAAUCCAGAAAUUACUUUUGAUGAGAUGACUUCAGAGCUUCAAAUUGAAGAAAAGGAUGUGGAAGCAUUCAUCAUUGAAGUGCUGAAGACGCGGCUGGUGCGCGCGCGCAUGGACCAGGCGCAGCGCGUGGUGCGCGUGUCGAGCACCAUGCACCGCACGUUCGGGCGCGCGCAGUGGCAGCAGCUGCGCGACGUGCUGCUGGCGUGGCGCGCCAACGUGCACCAGGCGCACGACGCCAUGAAGUCCGUCGCCGCCGCGCAGAUCGAGUACUCCGCGCAGCAACAGCAGCAGCAGACCACGUGAACACACCCUCCCGGCCAUCCAUUGUUACAUAAUCACCGAUGCCUAUACAGUAUACACCAAUACAUUCUUAUACAGUUCGUCAACGCACCAACCACUUGUGAACAUCCAUGUACAAUAGUAAUCAUGUAAUACCAGAUGACCCGUUUGCACUUUUCGGGACUUUUACUACAAAAGAUAUGGUGCAAUUUAUCACUCCAUAGUAAUAAUAAUGCGUUGUUAAAUAUAGAGUGAUGUUCCUUAACCUUUAAGACGAAUGUUUUUUUCUGUAAAUUAGUUUUUCGGCAAAUUAAUAAGACACCAGGAAAAAGGGGCGUACAGGUCAAUUAUGUAACAGUAUGGUAUAGUUUCACAUUUUUGUAUGAAUAAAUUAUACAGAAAUCAAAA